AUGCCAGAGCUGGAGAAAGCCCCUUCUCCUCCACACUCUGAAAACUCCGCCAAUGAUGGUAGUACAACUGUCAAUGGAGAUGACUCUUUGCACCAGCAGUCUACAACUCAAGAUACGGUCACUGGCUUGCCAAGGAAAUCUUCUAUUCAAGCUACAUGGAGGACUGCCAGUCAACGAGUUCGAAAUCGCAUUGCUACUGUAGCCGAGUCGCUGGGCCGGCCCAGUAAUGAUACGGGCGAUGGUUUGGAUUCAAGCUGCUCACCUGAAUUUUAUGGCGCCACUGAUGAUUUGAAGAGUUACGCCGCUCGCCAGGCGAAAGAUGAAGAGGAUGCUGUGGGUGAUGGACAUCACCAUACCCAGGCCCAGCUCUUGUUGCAGCAACUAGGGCUCCCAUCCAGCGCACUCAAGAGUACUGCGGAAUCAGAACCUCCAUCAGGAGCCACGACAGGAGCCACGACUCCUUUCGAAAGUGGCUCAUCGACACCUCUCAAUGGAGGACUUCUCUCUAAUCUGCUCCGGGCUUAUGCAGAUAAUAUGGCUACGGGAAGUAGAAUCAGUGUCACUUCUACGGAGACUAUCGCGGACCCAGAAAUUGAAACGGUCCCUUCGAUCAUGCCAUCAACCACGCCCGGCUCACCUAAUGCAGAUAGCCAUCCGAAGAAGAAAGAAAAGGUGAAAUGGUACAGCGACAGCGAGGGGGGAAGCAAGUUGAAUUUGAGUAAUUUGAAUCUGAAAAAGGUCACAGAUCACAAGAAGAAGAAUAAUAAUUCCUCGGAUAAUCUUUAUACCUCCGCCCUCAUCUCGGCCUCGAUGGGAAUGGGUCGAGUCGCGAUGCCGGGUGCAAAAGGUCCGGCUCCUAUCAAAGAGCGGAAGAAAGAAAAGCGCAAGAGUAGGAAGAGUUUCAAACUCACUAAGCAUAUUGCUGCCAUGCUCGCUCGUCAACAGUAUAUUAUGCAGCUGUGUCGUGCACUGAUGAAGUAUGGCGCUCCUACUCACCGUUUGGAAGAGUACAUGAUGAUGACCUCCAAUGUGUUGGAGAUCAAUGCCCAGUUCAUGUAUAUUCCCGGCUGCAUGUUCAUGUCUUUUGACGAUCCUUUGACUCGCACUGCCGAGGUGAAGAUUAUCCGUGUUAUUCAGGGCUUGGAUCUCUCUCGCCUGGCCGAGACGCAUAAUGUGUAUAAGAACGUGGUCCAUGAUAUGAUCGGUGCCGAGGGUGCCACGAUUGAGCUGGAUCAGAUCAUGCAGAAAAAACCACGCUACAACAAAUGGAUGCUCGUUAUCUUGACAGGCCUAGCCAGUGUCGCUGUCGGCCCCUACUCCUUCUCUGCUCGUCCCAUCGAUCUUCCCAUCAUCUUCCUCUUAGGCAGCUUGGUAGGCUUCAUGCAGUAUAUUCUCGCUCCAUCCUCGGCCACCUACUCCAACGUCCUGGAAGUCUCUGCCGCCAUUCUGACAUCAUUUCUUGCACGCGCCUUUGGAAGUAUCAAACACAAUGGCAACCAUGUGUUUUGUUUCCCCGCUGUGGCGCAAUCCUCCAUCGCUAUGAUCCUACCUGGAUUCUCGGUUCUCAGUAGUAGUUUGGAGCUGCAAUCGCACCAAAUGAACGCUGGGUCAAUCCGAAUGGUCUUCACCAUCAUCUACUCCCUAUUCCUCGGCUACGGCGUGACAGUCGGCACCACUAUUUACGGAUUGAUGGAUGGUGCUGCCACCCGUGAACAGACCUGUUCCACGGCUAGUCUCGAUGUCUGGCAGAACCAGUAUAUUCAACACUUCCCAUGGGUGGCCCUGUUCUGCAUGUUCGCCGCUCUCACCAACCAGGCCAAGUUCAAGCAGCUUCCCAUCACAGUAUUCUUGGGCGUUUGCGGUUACAUCGCCAACUACUUCAGCACGAAGAGACUGGGUUCCCAGGUCGGUAAUACCGUCGGUGCCUUCGCUAUCGGCCUCUUGGCCAACUUGUACAGUCGUCUCUGGCACGGUCAUGCGGCGGCCGCUAUCAUCCCCGGCAUCUUAUGUCUGGUUCCAUCUGGUCUCGCAUCCAGUGGCUCGAUCAUGGCUGGCUUGGAGUAUGCCAAUGCUGUCGUUGAUCACACAGUCACCACUUCUACCGGUACCACAUCGGGAAGUUCAUUGACUUCUCUGGGUUAUGGAAUGAUUCAGACUGCCAUUGGUAUCUCCGUCGGUCUCUUUGUUUCUGCAUUGAUCGUCUAUCCGUCUGGAAAGAAGAGAAGUGGUAUCUUCAGCUUAUAG